AUGUGUCGAGUGUGGACUAGAUUCCAAGCAACAAGAAGCGACGGCACGUCAGUAAAGUUGCGUAUUGAAGAUUUAUCCGAAUCCCGGUUCGAGGAUGCUGUAGAGUUGUUUAUACAAUACUUUGUCCUAGAAGAAACGUUUCAUAAGGCUGUAGGUGUCGCUCGAAAUCCGCAAGCGGUAGCAGAAGCUCGAGUGAUAGUGACUGAAUCAAUGAAGGAUCCUGCUUACCAUUAUGUAAUAUGUUGUGAAGAUAGAGACGACGACGAAGUUGGCCAAACAGUCGGUGCCUCCUCAAUAGAGUUAACUACAAUAGGCCCAGAACCAUUUGAAGGGAUAAAGUUAGAAUCGGAUGAGAUGCAGAAAAUGUUUGAGAUGCUGGCGGCAACGACAAAUUUGCAUAUUAUAAUGGAGGAACUACAUAUUUCAAUUUUUUAUGAUGACAGAGGCAUGAUUGUCCACCCCGAAUUCAGACAAUUAGGGAUCGCGAGGGAAUUUCUUAAGACUAGAUGUCUGGCUUGUGUGACAAACAAUGUGCCUGCUACCGGUGCUCUCAUGACCAGUAUCGCUACUCAGAAGGCUGCUGAGAAAGACAACUGGGAGACUGUCCUGGAGGUGGACCUACAGGAAUUUGGCCGUAAGCACGGCGUGACCUUCGAAGAUGGCGGCGUCAGCAAACUUAUGAUCUGGAAAAACCCGCAAUAUAAAGCCCCACAAAAGAUACAAGCUUAGUUAGU